AUGUCUGCUGGAAAGGUUCUGUCUUUCAUGGACACCCCAAAGCUCUGCAAAUUUCAGAGCUUUAGUUCCCAGAAAGCUAGAGGAUUAGUUCCCUCAGCUAUUUUCACCAAACCCAAUUCUGGGUCUUUCCAUAAGCUGCCUUCUCAUUGCUUUGCUCCCACUACUUGUGAGACUUGUUUAAUUUAA